AUGUUGGUUGUCAAAUCAUGGAAGAUUCUGCAGAUUUCUGUUGCGAUUAUACUUACGUGGCUUCUCCUCGCCUUAUGCAUCCGUUAUAGCGAUCCGGAAAGAUGGUCGAAGAGCCUGUUUCAUUUUUCAAUUGAGCCUAGAGACAAUUUGAAGGCUUUUGCUCAUAUCGACAAUGAAACUCUUGGGUUUGAGCAUGUCUUCGCUAUAGGCAUGAAAGAGCGUCCCGACAAGCGCGAUUUCCUUACGUUAGCGGCCUUAGAAACUGGCUUCGAGGUUGACUGGCUGGACGGGGUGAGACCAUCUGAGCUGCGGCAGAAAGCUAUGCCAAACGGAUAUAAUCUCUCAUCUACGGCGCCCACUAUGAUCGCAUGCUGGAGAGCUCAUCUGAAUGCUAUGUUCGAAGUUGUCCAGAGAGGUUAUUCCUCUGCGCUGAUUUUCGAAGAUGAUGCCGACUGGGAUGUGAAUAUCAGAUCACAGUUACGCGAGUUUGCUCGUGGGCUGCACGCUUUACAGGGCAAUGAGCAUGCCUCGACACAGCACCCCUAUGGAGUAGACUGGGAUGUUCUUUGGAUUGGAGGAUGUGGGUCGGCUCCAUUUCCCGACGAAACCCAGUUCUACGCUGUACGCGAUGACCCUACAUGUCCGAAUGUCGAACAUCGAUCAAUGCUUGGUGGGCCGAAGCAGGCUGUUGUCUAUAUGGCUAUGCCGUUUCGAACAAGGGGGGCAAGAAAAAUUAUCGCUGAACUUGAGCUUGAUCAUAUAGAGGUACCAGUGGAUAACGCUUUGAGUGACUUAUGCGGAGGUAGGUCUGGUCGCCGACAGAUUGAUUGCUACGCACUAUUCCCUCAAAUUAUUGGUACCUACCGACGACCUGGGCCAUCCUCCCGGGAUUCGGACAUCAACAGCUAUGAUGAGAACGUUAUUCAUGAAGAGGAAUCGUGGAACACGGUGUACAGCGCCAGGCGCAAUAUCCAGCGACUUGUUGCCGGUGAAGACACUGUCUACUCACAGUGGAAUGAUCAACCUUGGACGGCCAAGGAGAUCAACCCGAGAGAAUUCACCCACCCCAAAGGUCAAUUGGUCACCUAG